AUGCUGAGAUUCCGUUCAGUUGAUGAUAGUACUAAAUUAGAAGAGCUAACCGUACAUAGUUAUAACACUAGAUUAAAAGAGAAAUGGGAUGCUCGUUCGAUGAAAGACGUAGUCCUCAUAGAUUUACAAGAAAAUAAUCUCCAUUCUUUAAAUAUCCUAUUCAAGUUUUGGCUUAUGGUCACACUUAUCACAAAUCUUGUUAUACAAACAAUAGAUUCAAGUGCAUGCAUUGCUUCUCAUUCUUACAAGACAGUAUUGAUGAACAUGUUAGAAUGUUUGCAUCGCUUCGAAGAAGAACAACAAGCCGAAGUUAAAGAUCUGGAAAACAAUAUUCUAUGUAAUGAUGAUGAUAAAAGCGAACCUAUAGAAUAUGUAGCAUAUGCAUUAGAAGAGGCAUUGCAUAAAUUUCAACAGCAAUAA